AUGGAAUUUCACUUUCAAAAUUCAACUACAAGUGAAGAUGAAGUUUUGGCUUCACAACAAUUGUUCGAAAUUUUAAAGACAUUUAAAGAUAGUUAUUUUAAUGAACUACACACUUAUGAAUCUCUCAAUUUCCAUGAAGAAUAUAAUGAAAUGACAGACGAAGGUGACAGUGUUGAUGAAGAGGAAUCAACUGAUGAAGAACAGAAUAUUGACGAUUACGAAGAAAGUCAAUAUUUGGAUAUUCAAAAUAAUUUUACAUUGGAAGAGAUGGAAGAUAUAGUAGAAUGGGUUGACCAACAUCCAAAUUAUAAGAUUGCAAGUAUCAAGAAUAGGUUCCGAAAAGUCAAACACAAUUUAUGUGGAAUGAAUUCUAUGUGGAACGAAACAAUUGAAAAAGCAGCAAUUCAUGAUAGUGAUCUAGAACUUUUUGCAAUUCAAAAAGCAAGAGAACUGGGUUGGGAUAAUUUCAAAGCAAGUGAAUCAUUUAUUGCGACAUUCAAGAGAGAAUAUCGGAUUUCAUCAAGAAGAACAACUAAAGUUGUUGUUGUUAAAAGAAAGAAUAAUCUAACGCAUUCCUAUACGGUGCAACCUAUUACAUCAGCUGAUGGUCAAUUAUUAGAUAAAUUUUUUCUUAUUCUCCAAGAAAAAGAAAAUGAAUUCGGCACAAGCGUACAAAAGGAUUUAAUCGUGCCACCAAAUGUUGUUGUACGAGCUUCAAAAUCUGGAAAAAGUAGUGAUGAAAAACAUCGCACAUUUUUAAAUGAAGUUCUACGUCCUUUGGUCGGUAGAAAAUUUCUUCUUUUCCUUGAUUGUUGGACAACUCAAACUGAUCUAAAAAAAUUUAUAGCAGUCUUUCCACAUCAAGACAGUCAAUUAUUAAUUUUUCCUCAAGGAUCUACUGGUCAUAUCCAACCGCAAGAUCUAUUAUUAUUUCGCUUGUGGUGA